AUGAGGAUGGAAGAACUGCAGAAUUCAUUGGAAGCACAUGAGCAGAGGCUGAUUGAGAGAAGAAAUGCGGAUAAAAGCACAAAUCAAGGCAUAAAUCAAGCCUUGCAAGCCAGAUCUGAUCAAAAAGUAAAAGGUCGUGGAUCUGGAAGAGGCAGAGGGUGUUCAAGAAGUGGACGAGGUAGAGGAAAAAAUACAAAUUCCUAUGAAAAAUUCAAAGAAGAAAAUAUUAGUGUCGAGAAAGAUGUAAACAAAAGAGGCGGAAGACAGUCCAAGGGUAGAGGUAGAAAGAUCUGUCAUAAAAGGAACAUUCAAUGCUACACGUGCAAGAAAUAUGGCCACUAUUAUGCAGAGUGUUGGCACAAUGAAGAUAUGAAGAAGAACAAGAAUGAUGAAGCGGCGAAUCUUGCACAAAACACAGGUGAUUCGGAGUCUGACCAUGUGUUAUUAAUGAGCACGAUAAAGCAAGCUAAAGUAGAUUUAUGUUGGAGAAUGACAUGGGACAGGUGUGAAAAAGAAACAAAUCAUGCGCUGGGUAGGUGUGAUGGAGAACCUGAACAUGUGUUGUUGUCAAACAAAAUGAGCCAUGCAUCAGAUGAUGGAGAACCUCAACACGUGUUGCUAUUAAACGAAACAAGACAUGCAGUGGAUGACUCAUGCAGUUGGUAUUUGGACAUGAGGUACUCUAAUCACAUGACGAGAAGAAGAGAAUGGUUGGUGAAUCUUGACUCAAGCCUAAAAAGUUGUGUGAGUUUUGCGGAUAAUAGCUCGAUUAUGGCGGAAGGGAUUGACAGAGUCUUGAUCGCAUGCAAGAAUGGCAAGAUUGCCUACAUGGAUGAUGUGUUAUAUGUUUCGACAAUGAAGAGCAAUCUGUUGAGUUUGGGACAACUCCUGGAGAAAGGGUAUACAAUGUCAAUGCACCAAAAUCACAUAAAGGUGUUUGACAGGAAACAACACCCAGUGAUCAAAGCUCCACUUUCCAGGAACAGAACAUUCAAGGUAAACUUGAAUGCUGUAGAAAUACAAUACUUAUCCACCAUGAAUGACGACGAAGAAAGAUGGGUAUGA